CGACGACUUUCGAUCUGAUUCUGAUUUCUGAAACCGCGAUUUGUAUGUGGUUUUAUUCUGAGACUGAAUAUAACACUAAGUACGCGGCAACAACCAUAAUUACCUGAAGAGUGGUGCUGGGGGCGCGUCAACCAUGGAUGACGACCGCUCCGCCUCCGCGUCUCCCGCCUUCAAGCCGGGCACUCCGAACCAGACUGCGUUCGACCCAGCCGCCGCCGCCGCCGGCCAGUAUCGCCAGCCGCCGGCGCAGUCCAAGUAUUCCCAGCUGCUGGCCGUCAUUGAGGACAUGGGACGCGACAUCCGACCCACCUACUCGGGCAGCAAAAGCAGCGCCGAGCGCCUGAAACGCGGCAUCGGACACGCGCGCAUCCUGGUCCGCGAGUGCCUCAUCGAGACGGAGCGCAGUGCCAAGUCGUGAGGAGUCGGGACGACCAGUAGCGGCGCCGUGACGGCGACUCCGCAGUCCGCACCGGAGGACGUAGCGGUGUGUGACGUGACGCUACCAAGGCGCAGUGACGCGUAGUGAUUAGUGACUGCUCUAGUAUCGGGAUACUCUCCUUAGUGUUCAGUAAAGAAACAUUUCCUUUCGGUACCCGACCGGUGGACGUCCAGUGACGCUGCUGUUUGCAGUGAGCCGCGGACCUUCUCUCGCCGCCAUGUCUGCGGAGACCGGCGGCGACGCGGUGCCGGCGGUGCUGUGGCGCUGGGACUCUGAGUGGCCGGCGGAUACGGCAGAGUUCUGUCCGACGCCGCCGUACCGGCACCUGCUGCUGUGCGGCACCUACCGACUGCGGGAGGACCAGCCGGCCGACACGCCACCGGAAGAGUGUCAGCGCGAUGGGAGGCUGCACCUGCUCGACUGCGGCCGGCGCCGCGAGCUACAGCGGCUCGACACGGCCGCCGUGCUCGACGUCAAGUGGAGUCCGGCGCCGGUCAGCAGCCGGCCGCUGGUGGCCGCUGCGGACGCGCGCGGCCGCCUGCUGCUGUUCCGACUGACGGAGGGAGAGACCGGACCGCGCCUGGAGCCGGUAGUCAGCCGCGCGGUGGCUGAGCCCGGCCGGCUGGCGCUGGCGCUCGAGUGGUGCUCGCCGGCGGUGGGUCCCGCGCGGCUGGCCGUCAGCGACUCGUCUGGCGCGGUGACGGUGCUGCAGCUCGCGGAGGACGGCCGCGAGUUGAGCGUCCUCUGGACAAACGUCUGCCACGGACAUGAGGCCUGGACGUGCGGCUUCAAACACUCGGAUGGAAACGUGGUGUACACUGGCGGAGACGACCUGCUGUUCCGUGGCUACGACAUCCGACUGGACCCGGCCUGUCCCGUGUUCACCAACCGGAGUCACGAGGCAGGCGUGACGAGCGUGCAGAGCGACUACCUCACGGAGCACACCCUGCGGACCGGCAGUUACGACGAGCACCUGUACACGUGGGACGAUCGCACCAUGCGUCGGCCGCUGGAGCGUGCGCCUCUGCCCGGCGGAGUGUGGCGCAUCAAACGCCACCCGCGCCGCGCCGAUCACGUGCUCAACGCCUGUAUGUACGGAGGCAGUCACGUGACUGACGCAGCCGGCGCCGUGGUGGCCAGCUUCUUGGAGCAUAAGAGCAUCGUGUACGGCGCGGACUGGUGUCGGCUGGACGGCGGUGGCAGUGGAGAGGAGAUGGUCGACAGGACGCCCGCCACAGACGGCUUAACCACUGGCGCCGCUGAUGGUGACGCUGCUGGUGACGGUGGUGAUGUGGUGAGUGGUGAUGGUGACACUGAACGGCAUCGAGAGUGCUCCAGCGGUGACACCAGUGUGGCAGUAACGUGCUCCUUCUACGAUCAUCUGCUCUGUUUGUGGGAAAUUUGAUGUGUGUUGUGGUUAAGCGGUGGUGGAGGAUAGGGUUUGUAUGGUAGGGGGUAGUGCAGCGUGCUAUAGUUCGUUUUUUUUCAAAAGGACGCUGGCUCAAAGUUCAUUAUCGAAGCUCUCACGUGAGUUUUGGCAACUUCAGCGUCUGGCUAAGAAUUUCUUGCCGAAAAAAUGAUCGAUUUCAAAUUGUGCUCGGUAAAUACAUGGAAAUUGUGACUUCAAAAAUGAGCAAACUAUGAUGACGUCACUGGUGGCAGCUGACACCCUAUGUCCGUUCGAAGUCAUGCAUUGCCAACGAACUUUGGGAAAACUUCGUAUUUUGCUCUUACCGAUGCCCGAAUCGAGUAAGCGAUUCUUUCAUGAUAGUUAUGCAUUGCAUUGCAAUGCAGGUUCAACAGCAUGACGUCACCACUGUUCUCAUGUCUAGUUCCAAAACUCAGCCAUGAAAUUUAUCGGGAAUGAUUCACAUGUUAAAAUAAGGCGACGUUUGAGUUUCUCAGGUUGAGUUUUUGCCCGUUUUGCUCGCUAAAACACGUGCUUGUUCGAAAAACGUACUUGGAGCCAGCGUCCUUUUGAAGAAAAAAAAAAACGAACUAUAGGUGAUUUCAAAUAGAGCUGCGUGUUCAGCCGUGUGAGAGGGGUUUUCUACUCGUUUAGUUGUCUUUUGUCGAUUGUGAGACGGAUGGUUUUCUACACAUUUAGCUUAUCGUGUUGUAGCUAUCGGUGGAGUGAGCGCUCAAGUGGCAUGAGUCUACCACCUGUGUUUCGUAUGCUCGUUUUCACUGGCAAGAGGGUAUGUUUUCAGUCGCCGCAGAUGGCCAGCCCGCUGUCCGGCGUCGUGUGCUGACCGAGCGCGUGCUUUAUGCUGUCUCUCGCUGCAGGCGCCUGGUGUGCUUUCGUGUGUCUGAACCUGGGCGGGUGUUUAGGUUAGCGGUGUGGUGUGCUGUCCCCGAGACGCGCUGAACUGGUAUGACCCGGAUCGGCGCUGUGCUGUGCUGUGGUACCGGUUACAACCAGACACCACCAGCUCCGGUUACCAAGGUAACAGCUGUCGCGCCCUUGUUUCCAGACGGGGUGAUGUUGCCAUGUGCUACCACUGUUCAUCUCGGCAGCGAGUGACAUAAUCGAUGGGACGUCAGCUAUCGCUCAGACAGAUGCUCCCCGGUGUAACCUGCCGUGACAUGACUGUAGAAUACACUCCAAUUCACGA